AUGGCAUUGCCACCACCCACCAGCACCCGCUGCCUCCUGCCCCUCUCACUGGGCCUGUUCCAGGCUGCCCUGCUGUUCUUCUUUGCCCUCUUCAUCACCUAUGACAAGCACUCAGCUGCAGCCACAAACUCAGAGGACGCCGAGCAUGCACCCAAGCAACUCCACAGCACCUUUCCCUUCUUCCAGGACAUCCAGGUGAUGCUGGUGGUGGGGCUGGGGCUGUUGCUGGCUUUCCUGCCCCGCUACAGGCUCAGCGCAUUGACCCACAACUUUCUCCUGCUCAAUGUCUCAGCGCAGUGGGCACUGGUGCUGCAGGGUCUGCUGCACCGCCUGCACCACGGCAAAGCACUUCUGGGGCUCCACAGCAUGCUCAGCGCUGAGUUUGCUGCCGUCACUGUGCUCAUCUCAGCGGGAGCCGUGCUGGGCAGGACGAGUCCCUGCCAGCUGCUGGCCAUGGCCCUCUGCGAGGUGCCCAUCUACCUGGCCAGUGAGUGGCUCAUCAUCACCCGGCUGGGUGUCCUUGAUGUGGGCGGCACCAUCACCAUCCACAUCUUCGCCUGUUACUUUGGCCUCGGCGUGUCCAAAGUGCUGUUUGGGAAUGCAAAGCCAACGGUGCAUCCUAAAGAGACCCCAACGCCGCGCUCCGACCUCCUGGCCCUGCUGGGAACGCUCAUCCUCUGGGUGUUCUGGCCCAGCUUCGUGGCUGUGCUGUGCCAACCAGAGGAUGCCCAGCACCGUGCCAUCCUGCACACCCUGCUGGCAUUGAGUGCCAGUGCCAUCACCACUGUGCUGAUCUCCAUCCUGCUGGAGAGUGACGGCAAGCUGAACGCGGGUCACCUGCAGAACGGCAGCCUGGCGGGCGGUGUGGCCAUCGGUGCAGUGGCCGACAUGCAUAUCACUCCAGCAGCAGCCUUGGCACUGGGCAGUCUCUCCUCACUGCUGUGCAUCCUGGGCUUCCAGUUCCUCACUCCGCUCCUGGCAAAGAAACUGGCGCUUCAGGACCGCUGUGGGAUCCACAACCUGCAUGGCUUGCCCGGCAUCCUCGGCGCAGUGGCCAGUGUUGUGGCUGCUUUGGUGGCCCCUGGGGAUGGCAGCGAGGCAGCAAGGCACAGGCAGGCACAGUGGCAAGCAGCUGGGCUGAUGGUGGCUCUCGGUGGCUCGCUGCUCGCCGGGAUGCUGGUGGGUGCUGCACUGCGCCUGCCCUGCCUGGCCCCACCGCCUGAACCACUGUGCUUUGAGGAUGCACUGUACUUUAAGCUCCAGGAGCGGGCAGAGAGCCCCCCAGCUCUGGGCAGCAGCACUGAGGUGGACCGCCUGGCCAUGAAGGAGUGCGUGUAG